GUGUGACCAGCAUCAUGCUUUGUCCGGCACGUGGCCGAUACGUACUCGAUAAUCGCUUAGAGACAGGUAAAGGAACACGAUGUUUACAUCCACUCGGCCCCUUCCUCAGCCAAAGACAAACAAGUGCGCUCAAAAAGGGAACCUUGAAAGAAAACUGCAAAGUAUCUACAUCCAGGGAUAGUCUCUAGCAGGUUGAAAAACAAACCAGAAACCAUAUCUCCAGAAACUCCAACCAACUUUCAAUCUUCAAACCUUUACUAGACAUUUCACGAAAAGCUUGCUAUAACUAUUGAUUUUUUUUGCCCGAUGGUGAUACAACUUGCUAAUUAAAAUUUCCAGACCCAUUUUUAUGAAAUGCCCCCACGCUACGCCAACCUACCCCAACAACCCUCCGGUGACUCAACCAAUUCCUCCUUCGAGCUCAACUCCCUAAAUGCCUCCCUUCUGGAAGACUCGUUGGACUUGCAGGAAGAACUCGGCCUGCCAGAAGCUCCAGACGACCCCAAGUCCACCAUGAAGAUGGCGUUUAUGAACAUGGCGAACAGCAUCCUCGGCGCGGGGGUGAUUGGCCAGCCGUAUGCAAUCCGCCAGUGCGGAAUGGCGGUCGGAGGCCUUAUGGUGGUGGUUCUCACGGUAAUGAUCGACUGGACGCUCCGCCUCAUCGUCAUCAACGCCAAGCUUUCAGGAACCAACUCCUACCAGGCGACCGUUACCCACUGCUUUGGCCGCACCGGUAACUUGGUGAUCCAGCUUGCCCAGGCGCUAUUUGCCUACGGUGGCUCCAUCGCCUUCUGUGUAAUCAUCGGUGAUACCAUCCCGCACGUGCUUCAGUCGUUUGCUGGGGGUCACUACGAGGAUAACAAGUUUCUCCACUGGUUAUUGGGCCGCAACGUAAUCAUCUUCGUCUUUACAGCCGGAAUCUCCUUCCCCUUGAGUCUAAACCGCGACAUCUCCAAGUUAGCCAAGGCCAGCGCCGCAGCACUUGUGGGGAUGCUUGUGAUUGUGACGAUCGUGCUCGUGCGCGGGCCUAUGAUGGGAGCGGAAUAUAAAGGCGAGAUGGAAGGGGUGUCGAGCUACGUCAUCAGCCCUGGUGUUUUCCAGGGUAUCAGCGUCAUCUCGUUUGCGCUUGUGUGCCAUCACAACACCAUCUUCAUCUACAACUCGCUAAGGCGUCCCACCUUGGACCGCUUCACCACGUUGACCCACAUUAGCUGCUUCGUGUCGAUGGUUGUCGUCGCGGUGAUGGGGUUGGGCGGCUUUUUAGUCUUCAAGGACAAGACCAAGGCUAACAUCCUCAAUAACUUUCCGAAGCACGAUUUGACUGUGAACAUUGCCAGGUUGUGCUUCGGGAUGAACAUGCUCACGACCUUUCCGCUCGAGAUCUUUGUCGCCAGAGAGGUAAUCAAAGACUUUAUCAACCCUGACCCCCAACAGCAGCUUUCCAAGCGCAACCACUUUAUCAUCACCACCUUGUUGGUGUUCAGCACCAUGGGGAUUUCGCUCAUGACGUGCAACUUGGGUGCAAUUUUGGAGCUUGUGGGCUCUACAUCCGCCUGUAUCAUGGCGUAUAUUCUCCCUCCGCUUUGCUUCUUGAAGAUGACCGCGCUGGAAAAGACCUGGUCACAGCGUGCCCCCAGCAUCGCCUGUGUUGCCUUCGGUGUGGCCGUAAUGAUCAUCAGCUCCACCCAGACCAUCGUAAAGGCCAUCAACAGCGAGGGCAGUGCCCACUGUAACGUCUAAGUUAUAUUAAUAGAUUAAAUUGUUAGGAAA